UUUGGAGCAGGUUGGACUAUGGCUCUCUAUGUGCAGCGUUUCGCGCUCUCCCUGCUUCUUCUGGGAGUUAAUGUGAUCAUCAGCAUUCAAGCUCAAGAGGUGGCAGCGUCUGAGGCGUGGACUGCCAGGUCCUGCAAAUGUGACUGUGAGGGAGGUGAGACUCCGACUGAGUUUUCCUCCAUUGUGACCGGCUCUCCCAAGGUGAGAGGAGUGGACUGCAUGCCAGAGUGUCCGUACCACAAGCCUCUUGGAUUUGAGGCCGGGUCAGUGAGUCCGGACCAGAUCACCUGCUCCAACCAGGAACAGUACACCGGCUGGUUCUCCUCCUGGGUCCCCAGCAAGGCCCGGCUCAACAGUGAGGGCUUUGGGUGUGCCUGGCUCUCUAAGUUUCAGGACAACAGUCAGUGGGUGGAGAUCGACCUGAUGGAGGUGAAGUUGGUGUCAGGGAUCCUCACCCAGGGCCGCUGUGAUGCUGAUGAGUGGAUCACCAAGUACAGCGUCCAGUACCGCACAGACGAAAAGCUCAACUGGAUCUAUUACAAAGACCAGACUGGAAACAACAGGGUGUUUUACGGAAAUUCUGAUCGCUCCUCGUCUGUGCAGAACCUCCUGCGGCCGCCCAUCGUAGCGCGCUUCAUCCGCAUCAUCCCCCUCGGGUGGCACACACGCAUCGCUCUGCGCCUGGAGCUGCUGCUUUGCAUGGACAAAUGCAAAUAAACCUCUCCUCCCGCCAUCCCCGAGGCCUUCUCCCGAAACCUCAUCCUAAUUCCCACCAUUGUCUGAGUGUGUGGUCUCGUUAUAUUCACAGAUGUUGCCCCCUCCAGCUAAAUGUAUAAAACCACAAAUUGAAGACAAGACCUUCUGAUUUAAAAAAACAAUUUGACUUUUGUGAUUUCAUUAACUGUUCAUUUGAUGUGCUCAAAGAGCUUCCAUUCUCCCCUCUCUCUAUUGUCUGUGUUGAACCAGCCUCUCACAUCAGGCUUUCAUUCGGUGCGUUCUCAAUAGAUUGCUGCAUUUGCAAGGAAAUGGCAUAAAUUCAAAGAAAUAAUCAGGCAUGGAGAGGGAGAGGCAGUGUUGCUAUGGAGGUGGUAUCCAACAGCUAGACACAAGCUCUUCCAAAAAUAUUUGUGUCCUCCUGUGAAAUCCUGUCUGCUUCUCCUGUAACAGUAAACAAGGACCUUUCACCCUCUGCUCUGUAUAAUCCUUCAAAGAUAAGGCUGGUGUUAAUCAACAUUCUUUUUACUGUCAACAAAUUCCAUAUACAAAACAAUUCAUUUGAUCAUAGUUUUGUUUGUGUGACCAAAGCCACAUUUAAUAUCUGUUGUAUUAUUCCCCAAAAUUAUAAAUACAUAUAAAUGAGCCACCCUGUUGCAUAUAUGUGACUUAACCAUAGAUUACUUUAGUUAUAUUGAGUCAAUAGCAAACACAUUAUCCUGCUGCUUUAAGUACUCAAUGUGUAUUGAUCUGCAGCGUAACAUUGACUUUUGGGGGGACCAAAAUAAAAAGGAUACAAUUAGGUUACAUAAUUGAGUGUGGUUUUACUGCCAGACAGAAUUAAAAAAGCCAAAAAUAACACUUGCUUUGCUUCUCUGAGAGAUUUGUUGAUAAUAAGGAAUCUGUAGAAUAAUAAGACUUGUUCUUUCAAAACGCCUGUGAUGAUGUUAUUCCCAUUUUCUAUUUUAGUUGUAACAAUUUUAACCUGAAGAACAUUUUUACAUUCAUCUUUUUUCAGUGUGUUUGCAAUGUAAAGAUAGAGGGAUGGAUAAUGUGCUUGUUGUUAACUCCUGAUUAGUUUCAUUUGUUUCAUUUACUUUC